AUGGGCUGCGCCCCCAGCAUCCACGUCUCGCAGAGCGGCGUGAUUUACUGCCGGGACUCGGACGAGUCCAGUUCCCUCAACCAGACCGCCACCGUCUCGCAGGGCACCGCUGCCCUGCACGGCCUCUUCAUCAAAACAGACGCGGCCGACUCCAUUCCCUCCGUCCGAGCCUGCCCGAGCCGCCUGCCGCCCGCCGCCCCCCGCCGCCAGCACCGCGGCCAUCCCGCCCGCACCGGCAUCAGGGCGGAGACACAGACUGGCCCCGCCGGCCUCAAGCAGGCUUCAGCUACAGAAGUACAAAUUGGGCCCAUGAGACUGACGCAAGACCCAAUUCAGGUUUUGCUGAUUUUUGCAAAAGAAGACAACCAAAGUGAUGGUUUCUGGUGGGCUUGUGACAGAGCUGGAUACAGCUGCAAUAUUGCCCGAACUCCUGAGUCAGCACUUGAAUGUUUUCUUGAUAAGCACCAGGAAAUAAUUGUUAUAGAUCACAGGAACUCCAGAUAUUUUGAUGGAGAAAAUAUCUGCAGGUCUAUUCGUGCCACAAAACCAUCAGAGCACACCGUAAUACUUGCUGUGGUUCCAUGCAUAUCUGCUGACGAAGAAGAGACUUCUGUUCUUCCCCUUCUUAAUGCGGGCUUUGAUAGGCAAUUCAUGGAGAAUAGCAGCAUAACUGCUUGUUACAAUGAACUGGUUCAAAUAGAACAUGGGGAAGUGCGAUCUCAGUUCAAAUUACGGGCUUGUAACGCAGUGUUUACAGCAUUAGACCAUUGUCAGGAAGCUAUAGAAAUAACCAGUGAAGAUCAUGUCAUUCAGUAUGUUAAUCCAGCCUAUGAACAGAUGAUGGGGUAUCAGAAAGUAGAGCUUAUUGGCAAGGAACUUACUGAACUACCAAAAAGCGAUAAAAACUGCGCAGAUCUUUUAGACACUAUCAACACAUUUAUUAAAAAAGGAAAGGAAUGGCAAGGAGUUUACUAUGCAAGAAGCAAAUCAGGAGACAGUAUCCGGCAGCAUGUGAAGAUAACACCUGUGAUGGGUCAAGGAGGGAAAAUAAGACACUUUGUGUCCCUCAAAAGGCUGCAUAAUACCAAUGAAAGCAACAAACAGCUCUACCAGAGUCACUGUGAUGAGAAGAACACCGGAGAUAAUUCACAGUCAGAAUCCCAUUCAUUUAAAUACAAGAACAGAAGGAAAGACUCAACCUAUAUUAAGUCAAUAACAUCUCAGUGUAGCGAUGCUCCAAGUGUACAGUCCCGACGGUACUCUUCUAUGGCAAGGAUCCACUCAAUGACAAUAGAAGCUCCUAUCACAAAGGUUAUUAACAUAAUUAAUGCUGCCCAGGAAAACAGCCCUAUCACAGUAGCAGAGGCCUUGGACAGAGUUCUGGAAAUCCUGCGAACAACAGAACUUUACUCCCCUCAGUUAGGCACCAAAGAUGGAGAUCCUCACACCAGUGAUCUUGUUGGAGCUCUCAUGACUGAUGGUUUAAGAAGACUGUCAGGAAAUGAGUACGUGUUUUCUAAGAAUACAAACCUGAGCCAUAGUCACCUUUCAGUGCCAAACACCGUAAAUGAUGUUCCACCUUGUAUCGUACAGCUCCUAGAUAAUGAGGAAAGCUGGGACUUCAAUAUUUUUGAGUUGGAGGCUGUUACAAAUAAAAGGCCAUUAGUGUAUUUGGGCUUAAAAGUUUUUGCCCGAUUUGGGGUUUCUGAGUUUUUAAACUGUUCAGAAGGAACACUGCGAGCAUGGCUGCAGGUGAUUGAAGCCAACUACCACUCUUCCAAUUCAUACCACAACUCUACACACGCAGCGGAUGUUCUGCAUGCUACUGCCUUCUUUCUUGGGAGUGAGAGAGUAAAGGAAAGUCUUGACCAUUUAGAUGAGGUGGCUGCAUUAAUAGCUGCCACCAUUCAUGACAUAGACCACCCUGGACGGACCAACUCUUUCCUGUGCAAUGCAGGCAGUGAAUUAGCUGUCCUUUACAAUGAUACAGCUGUAUUAGAGAGUCAUCACACAGCACUGGCUUUCCAGCUUACAAUUAAAGACAGCAAAUACAACAUUUUCAAGAAUAUUGAUAGAAAUCACUACCGGACAUUGCGCCAGGCCAUUAUUGAUAUGGUUUUGGCAACAGAGAUGACAAAGCAUUUUGAACAUGUGAACAAAUUUGUGAACAGCAUCAACAAGCCAGUGGCAUCUGAGGAGACCAGCUCACAUAGUGAAGGCAGUGACUGUGAGUGUACAGCCAAUAUAAAGAAUUUUCCAGACAACCAGACACUGAUCAAGCGCAUGAUGAUUAAAUGUGCAGAUGUAGCAAAUCCAUGUCGCCCACUAGAGCUGUGUAUUGAAUGGGCAGGGAGGAUUUCAGAGGAGUAUUUUGCACAGACUGACGAAGAGAAGAGACAGGGUCUGCCUGUUGUAAUGCCAGUAUUUGAUAGAAACACCUGCAGCAUCCCCAAGUCUCAAAUUUCCUUCAUUGAUUAUUUUAUAACAGAUAUGUUUGAUGCAUGGGAUGCAUUUGCACAUCUGCCUGUUUUGAUGCAACACUUGGCUAAUAACUACAAACACUGGAAAACACUGGAUGAGUUGAAGUGCAAGAGUCUCAGGCCUCCAUCAGAAAACAAUAACUGACACUAAGGCAAGAAAGACAGACCUCUUGAUCUACCAGUUUCACUGUGAAUCAGUUACUGACUUGGCUACAAGAGGGAUGGUGUGUCCUUUCCAGUGAAAUUAAGACUGCAUGGCAAGAAGGAAACGUUUUAUUAAUCACUUUUAAGCUUUCCUGAAUCCUAAAGAAAAAUGUUUUCAAAAAGGCUACAUAAUCCACAGAUGAAUAAGUGCUCUUUGAAAAUAACACUUUAUGGCAGAAAAUGAAUUUCUGAAACUAAUUUCUUAUACUGAAUAUAGAUUUGCCAAAUCUUGUAACUGAUACAACUGUAUUCACUAACACUUCACACAACUUUCUCAAACAGACAAGUAAUCUAGUCACCAGUAGAGUAGGUUGACAAGCAAGCAUAAAAACUUCCCACUUACCUAGCAUAUAUUUGCUUCAAUUUUAUCAAUGUUCUUCAGUUCUCUAUGUUUUUUAGAUCCAUGGUUCUAAUAAGAACAGGCACAGAAGAGCAAGUAAACCUCAAUAAAUAGGAUACAGUAAAAACCUAACCCUGCACCAUUAUUUAAAACAACCUUCUUAUUAUUACAGAGAUUCUCAGAGCACCAUGUUGUCUUUCUUUUCCAUAUAAAAUAGUGGUAGGAGUCAAAUUCCUUUAAAACUGGUGAUAUCAUGCAGGAAAAUAAGCAUGUUCUGUAUAACUGGUGCCAUCCACACGUUUCUCUAACAUCUUAGGGAUGUUACCAUGCAAUGUUUUGUCAAAUUUUACACAAAUAACAUAGUGGCACUUGAUCCACAUCUGUUUUUAUAAAGUGGUGUUUGUACACAGUCAUCAGUUUUAUUAAGCUGAUCUAAAUUUUAUGGUAAGUCCAUGUAUUGUGCUACUUACUUCUAGGAUGAACCUGUCGCUUUUUAAAAAAAAGUUUCUAGGGUGUAAUUUAUAAACAGCAUUAUAAUUUGUACUGCUUUUUCUCUCCUAAUAAAAUGCUGGUUUGUUUUGUGAUGUAAAAAGUAUUUCGGAAGAUGUAAAUAAGGUAGAAAUCAAACAUAGUUUUUCAUUAGUUCUAAGAGAUAAAAUUUACGCUAAAGCUUCCAAAGUAAAAAUGCCUAUUUUUGUAUAUCUCAUUUUAAUCACAUGCAGAACAUGAACAUGAAUUUAAAUUUUAGACUAUUCUUAGACUAUUCAGUUAAUAAAUAAUAGCAGAACUGCUGACUUUUAACACUGUGCACUCCAGGCUGCAGGCAAGAGUGUCAAGGCUGUGGCUUCAGCUGAAGUAGUAGUACAUUACUCCUAAAAAAAGGAAAGGUCUUGCAACAAAUUCUUUGCCUCCCUUUUGCUGUAUCAAGCACUGAAGCUGGUAAAGGGGAAAAAAACCAAACCAAAAUAAAACACACAAACCACAAAAACCAAACAGAGUUCAGAUUGCUGUGGAAAAGGCUUACGGUAAUUGUUAUUUAUGGCAGGUAUCUUACAUAAUGUGCCAACUUUUUUUGUAUGUUUUGUACCAAGUUCUGAAAACAAAAGGAAACAUUCAUAAAGUGUAUGUGCAGAGAAAUGUAUAUAAGCUAUAUUUUUGUUAGAAUUGUAAUAGAGCCUUACUUUUGUUAUAGCUGUGUAUUAAAAUGCUGCAUUGUGUAUAUUUGAAGAAUGGUGUUUCUCGUGAAGUAUGUUUAUUCAUUCUUUUUUAUUAUAUAUCGCAACAUUCUUCAAUGGAUUUUUAUUCAGAUAAGUUGAACCUGUUUUUCAUAAAGGAAAUGCUCUGCUUUUACCAUUCCAUUACUUAGAACUCAUGUUCUCAGUGGCUGUACCUUAACUAUUCUCAUGACUGAAUGCUCACUGCAGCUUGUAUUAGAGAAAAGAAUUUCACAAGAUUCAAAGCUUUGUCAUCUUUAUUUAAUUUGUUAAAUACAGCAACACUGUAAGAGCAUAUCCAUGUAAAACAUUUCAGUUCAUUAUUUUUGUCACACUUCCAUCACAACAAAGAAAAUUGGAAUGGUGGAAGGAACCUAAGAGAAAAAAGUUCAGCCUCAGUUCUGGUUCAUGAGAUAAGGAGUUCAUGUGGAAUCAGUACACUUGGUGCAAGAUUCUGUGUUUAUUCCCAUAGUCAGAGACUAAGUAAACAGGUAAUUUGUAUGGAGAUACAUCCUCUAUAAGAGUAAAGGUAAUCAGCAUAAAUUCUCAUGUGCCAGUUGUGGCAGAUGUCCUAAACUAUAAACUGUCCAGUUGACUAACAGCUGCAUAUUUCAUGGUAUUGCCAGUGCACAGAUAUAGUACAGCCCUAUCUUUAUCAACCCUACCCUUGUACAAAUAUUAAGGCUAGGGCUGAUAAAGAUACUUACUUUCAUGACAUGAACACAUGGAGUUCUAUUUUAACUGCAAGGUGGAGAAAGAAAUUUACAAGGUGACAUUUCUAAUUUGGUCACCCUAAUUCUGUUCACUGCACUUCUCAACAGCAAGUGACAAACUUUUAUUUAACAGAUGUGGGCUGGCCUAGCCUUACUGUGUUCACUGUUAUGCUCAAAGAACUCAAUUUAAUACAGUCAACUCAACCAUCUUUAAAGGAAGAAACCCUUGGGACAUCUAUUACCAAUGAGGUGUUUCUGAGAACAAUGGCACUUUUGAUAGAUAUAAAUAUUUAUACUCACAUGUAGACUACUAAAGGCUGCAUUACAUCCCCAUAAAAAGCACAGUGAGUUUUGUGACUAGAACUGUUCAGUUAAAGAGGUCUACCAUGUAGUCACUUAAAAGCAGUCGCAUAAAAAUGAAAUAGUUGUUCUCAUGGAAUAAGAAGAUCAUAAAAAAAUGAUGUUCCUUCUCUCUGGUUAUAACUGAAGAUAGUAGAACCAUCUCCAAAAAAAAUAAGUUUUAUAAGCUUUUGCUGUCAAAGUUUAGUAAAUGCACACUUUAUAUACAACUGUUAUUUCUCAAUUGAAACAAGAUAAAAAGAGCUGAAGAGAAACUGAUCUCCCCAGCUUGCACUGGGAUAGCCAAAAAUGCAAUGCUUGCUGAUGAAGACAAGUUGAAACAAUGCAGACUGACAGGCAGAAACACUUAGUGCCUUCCUCUCUCAAGUUUAAUACCAUAUACCCAAAGGCAUUUUACCAUCAGCUGUCAUUCAAAUGCCUUUCCUAGGCUGGUCUAUACUAUAGACACCCUGAGCAAAGGAGGUGCAGGUCAAGAUUUAAUGCUGACUUAAACUUGCUGAAUUAAAGGAGAGUGUAAUUUAACAAUUUCUCAAUCUGCUGUUUUAUUGAUUUUAUAAAAAAAAUAUGUCAUUUUGAGCUCUACACUCAUAGGAUUAGUUGUAUAAGUUGACUAAAAUGGGGGGGGGGGGGGGGGGGGGGGGGGCGGGGCUGGAGGAGGGGAGUGGGAAAUAUAGCCUAAAAUUUCUCUGUCUUUCUGCCCUGCCUUCCAGGGAAGAUUUUGGUCAGGCUCAAGAGGCAAAGCUUCGCUUCUGGAUAGUAGAGAGAAGGCAAGUGCAUGUAGGGGCUGGGAGAAGCAAAUCUAAAAGGCUCCUUCGUUUCUUUUAGGAAGCUGGAGUCCCCCUCCUCUUGCUUCUGCUCUUGUCAGAGCUACUUAGCCCUUUAUUUUAAUUGCUUUUACUGCAGCCACUGGAUCUUGAGCCUGGAAUUACAGGCCUGUAGUCUCCUGUAACUAAAAACAGUUCUCAUUGAUUCAAAGGGAACAGAUGGCACCGAAAAGCCGCAUGAGAUUUUCUUCUUAGCUGCUCAAGUGCUGGAUCUGAGUAGGCCUAAGGACAGCAGCACCCUCUUCCAC